GACCUGGCGCUGGCCGCGCUGGCCGCCGCGCUGCAGCCGCGCCUGCUGGCCUGGGCCGCCUGCCUGGCGGACCCCGCGCCGCACACCGAGGACAUGGAAGACGAUGCCGACGCGUUACCACAGGCACUGGAACAGUUCACAGAGACUGCGCGUGCGCAUAUAUCAUCUCGUUCAGUAGAUACGCUGUUACUGGCAGCCCUAGCUGAAAUAGCUGCGCGAGCUGAGGCGGCUAUACUGCACAACAAAUAUGAUCGGGAGGGCGGGCUGGCCGUGGAGCGUCGCGCGCGCCGCCUGGCGUCGUGGGCGGGCAGCAGCGCGGGGGCGGCGCGGGAGCGCUGCGCCAGGCUCACGCAGGUGGCGGCGCUGCUGGCGCUGGAGCAGGCGGCGCACGCGCGCGACGCGCUGCCCGCCGCGCGCCGCCUCACCGCGCCCGAGGCCCGGGACGUGCUGGCGCGCAGAUCGGACUUCAAAAUGGAAGAGAUCAAGCGCCUGAAGCUGUAGAGUUUAUUGUACGACCAAUGUUACUAUUAUAAAUUAUUUAUAGAACCGCAUUUAAAUAAAUAUAUUUACCUAUCUAUCUAAAA